AUGUACCCGAAGCUGGUCAUCGGGCACCAAAACCUUCUGCCCAUAUCCCCUUCUCCACCUGCAUUCGCCCCUUCCGCAAACCCUCCUCUAAUCUUGCGCCAUCGUCACUCAGUAAAGCUCAGGCCACGAAUUAGAUGCACGGGUAGCAGUAACAAUGGCAAUGGGGCUGCGAAAAACUGGGAAAAAUGGAUGCCCAGAAAUCUUUUUGCUGCGGAGAAAGUAUUUGGAGCAAUAUCUGGGGCAACUUCAAGUCCCAUUGCGCAGUACAUAUCUAAUCCUGUCACUUUUCUGCACCGUGUUGACCCAAGAAUCAAGAUGGUAUGGCUGCUAGCACUGGUGAUUUUACCAGCAGGAUCCAAUUUGACGAUGCGUGUGGCACUAGUAGUUUAUCUAACCUUACUGUCCAUAUGGGUCCAGCCUACUGCUGUGUGGAAGGAUCAAUUGGGAAGGGUUACGUUGAUCUGUGGUAUCUUGUUUGUUUUAUUGGGGUUGAGUGCUGAUGGUGCCCCUUCUCUUUUACGCUCGAGAAGCCCGCCAUCUUCACUCACUGGACUGCCGCCUCCUCCUGCAUCUUUUGAAGGUUAUAAAUACGUCAUUGUGAAAUUCGGGCCAUUACAGCUCACUCAGUUAGGCUUGUCAGCAGCUACUACGGCAGCGUGUUUAACAUUCACUAUCUUUCAAAGUGCCAGCCUUUGCUUAACAACGACAACGCCGGAACAGCUUGCAUUUGCUUUGCAAUGGUUUAUUCUGCCUUUGGCUAAUGUUGGUGUGCCAGUGGCUGAACUCAUCCUCACACUCCUACUGUCAAUAAGAUUUAUUAAUCUUGUGCUUGAUGAGGUAGUCCGCAAUGUGGCACUGGGAAUUGUAUCUCGUAGAAUAAAAUGGCAACAGUUGACGACCCUGGAAACAAUUGAUGUUUUCUUUACCUAUAUUAGACGGAUUUUCAGCAAUAUCUAUAGCCAUGCCGCACAAAUUAGCCAGGCGAUGAUUGUGAGAGGUUUUCGAGGAGAUUGUGAUUCUCACCGAGUUUUUCUGUCAGCAGGCUCAUCUGAUAGAAAUGCGAAUAUAGUAGCUACCUCUUGCCUUGUUGGUCUCAUUUUUGCUGCCACCCUUCCAAAUUACUUCCACAUUUGA